UAGUCUUGUUUUCAUAUAUAAUAUGGACUGGUUAAGAAACAGGUUCUCCUGCUCCAGUAGCUUAGCUAAUCAUGUUGAGUCGUCUCUGACUCUUACCUACAGCUACAGGCUACAGUGUUGGCGCCAUGGGCAGCUCUAGUAUCGACAUCCAAGAGAUGGUGAGGAAUACGAGGGAGAGACUGGAGGCCGAUUUCUCCAAGCUUGGAACCAAGAUCCACAGGUUCCCACGAGGCUUACGGCCGGGUAUCAAUGAACGCUACAUCAUCCCAAGCUUCGUGUCGCUCGGCCCAUACCACCAUGGCUCAGAGCAGCUGCUGGAGACGGAAGAGUUGAAGCACGCGGCGGCCACUACUUGUGCGAGAAGUCGGGCCACUCAGUUGAGGAUGUCUACGGCAAGAUCCUCACCAUCGCCAGCGAAGCCCGCAGCUGCUACGCCGAUGAUGCGGUGGCGCAGUUCACGGACGCUGAAUUUGCGGGCCUUGCAUGCUAAGGGACAUCUUUCUGUUGGAGAAUCAGCUGCCAUGGUUGGUCCUCGAGGCUCUUGUGGACUUCUUUAUACCAUCUCCCGUGUAUGAUUUUGUUAUUUCUUUUGCGAACAAAUUCGACAUAACUCCACAAUGUUCACCAGCUUCCGAUUCAAGUGGUACAAGGGUUUCUGUGGAUGAACUAAAGAAUUACAAGCCAGCAUAUCUCCUUGGGCUCCUCCGGUACCAUCUGAUCGGUGGUAUGACUGUAGAAGAUCACACCGACGAUCUCACUUGCUCCUCGUUAGCUAGUAGUGCCAUUGAGCUUGCGGAGAUCGGCAUCAAGCUGACUGCCAAGAAUAACACAUGGUUCGCAGACAUGAGCAUCGAAAGAGGGCGCAUCUUUGGCGGCCAGCUCUCCCUAACGCCAUUGUUUGUUAAUGAUGCCAAUGCUUGCUGGCUUGUCAACAUGGCAGCUUACGAGAUGUGUGUAUCCAGCAAAUGGCCAUCAGAUGGCCUCGCCAUUAGCUCAUACAUCUCCCUCCUGGCAAUGCUCAUGGACAAGGAAGAGGACGUGCACAAGUUGCGAGCGAAGCACCUCGUUCGCAGCUUACUCAGUAACCACGAGCUGCUUGUUUUCUUCAAGAGUCUCGCAUGCCAUUUGCGCCUUGGCUACCGCUAUUUCGUCAUCACUGAGAAGAUAGAUAAGUUCAAGCGUGAAAGACCUGUGAGGAUAGCCCUGCAUAGGUUCGUCUACAACAACUUCAAGACAAUCGUCGUCAUGCUCUCUAUUACUGGUGUGCUCGCAGGUAUCUUCAGAACCUUGAUGAGUCUCAAACAGCAUCAGCCAUAGCAGUCCGGGUGAAGCAUGCGUGUUGUUAAAUCAUUUUAUGAUUCAUCUACAGUUUUCGUGCUUAUUGUGGUCUGAUUGAUAUUGUACGCCUUUGUGUGUGUAAAAUUUGCUAGCCCAUUCCCUUCGAUCUCUUCUUAGUUCUUAGUUAGGUGUGUGUCAAAAGUACCUAAAGUUUGUAUCGUCAGUGGUUAUUCAAAAUAUAUAUUGUUGUGUUAUUAAUUUGAUAU